AUGGAUCCUUCGUCGCCGCGCACUCUGUCCACUCUGUCCACCAGGUCAAACCCGCUCAAGCAGAUAUAUGACAGGAACCACCCAGAUGUCCCCGACUCAAAUCUGUACCAAACCACGAACAGUGUCGACAAGCUUCCCGAGAUCAAUCCGAGCCGGCGUCUUUCGUUGAUGAUCCAUCCCCCAGCCUCUCCAGCCUCUCCGGCGACGCUACCGAGGGCUGCAUUCCGACGCACGUCCCUUGGGAUCGUCAAGGCCGAAGCCGAGCUGCUGCAUCCCAGCCAGCCAAGGAUCCGUACCCGCAGCGAUAGUGCUGUUCUGGACCCCGACACCGGGACUCCAAGCCCACAGCGCACCCCCCGACGGCGGGCAAGUGGCAUCACCACUCCCGUUCAUGAGGGACUAAUAGUGCCUCUUGCUCCGGAGGUGUCUCGCCGUGCAUCGGCUAUAGCCUCACGGAGCUCGCAGACAACUCUUGAGGCGAGUCAACGUUCGGUACCGACAGGAGAAAGACGACCAAGCCACUUGAAACUACGAUCCAAGACAGUUGGCGACGAUGACUCCAUGAAUCUCGAGCAACGACUGCUCGUCAAGCUCAAGAAAUAUGCUGAAACGCUGACCUCGGAUGACGAUAUCUCGUGCCUCAUCGAUGCAUCCAAGAGAACCUCACUCAGCGAGGAGAGUGCCCUUCCGAGGAGAAAGUCCAUCGUCACUGACCUCCUGGAACUGACCACCACACCCAAGCCGACAAUAUCAUCCCGCCUCCAGAGCCUCGGCAUGUCCAUUCGUCAGUACCUGCAGCUAUCCAUCACGGGCAGCCAGCGAUCCUCGGCGACAAUCAAAAAGUUCAAGGCGGCCGUGCGACGAGCCAUCAUCAUAUGGCUCACUGCCCGGGCAUUCAAGUGCUCGCUCCAACAUGACGGCGCCGAAGUCUGCCAUGGGUUAUCGGGAAUGUGGGAAAGCACGGUGCUCUCGAUGGAGGUCCGAGCGCUGUUUGCGCGGCCCCAGUUUACAUGGACAAACGAGGACUGGAAGAAGCUCAAAAACACUCUCAAUGCCGUUCCAGGAUGGACUAUGCGGUUCACGGACGAGAUCAGGGAAAUGCUGAUUGCCCGGAUGACGCUUGAAAUGCACACGUCUGGGACGGUGCUGUUUCGCAAGGGCCAUCGCGCCGAAGGCUGUUAUCUGUUGAUCAAGGGACAGUGCAAGGCUGCCGGAGCCGACAACAAAGACUUCUUCCGACCCGGCGACAUGAUCGGCGAGACCGAAUUCUCGGUCGAGGACAAGACGGUCCGCAGACGCCCAAACACCAUCGCUUGCCAAUCCGACUGUGCCAUGAUGCGCAUUGGGGGCAACGACUUUCUGGAGAUCAUGGACAUCGAGGGUCAUGCGGUCAAAAAGGCCGAUCUCAUCAUCGAGCUCUUCCGGACACUGCCGUUGUUCAGCGGAUGCUCGUGGAGGACCAUGUCGUUUUUCGCCCAAGCAUGCGAGACCGUCUUUGUCGAUGCCAAGCAAGUUGUUUUGACCCAAGGCGACCCCAUCCGGUAUCUGUACAUCAUUCUCACAGGAACCGUCGACGUUAUCAAGGUCAUAUAUCUCACCCGCCACGACGACAACUACCAGCUGGUCAGGCUUCGCAGCGAUGAAUAUCAGUCGCUGUACAGGAACUCGGACCAUGUCAAGGAGAAGCUGCUCAGCAUCCGAUCUCUCAAAUCGGGCGACUCCUUUCCGUAUAUCUCGCCGGACAUCCAUGCACCCACAGACGUUUCGUUUGUCGCUGCGAUGAAGGGCGAGUACCUCAAGAUCAAACUGCCUCGGAUGGUACUGCUUCACAUAUCUUCAACCGACCUGUGGGACCAGUCCGACAUAUAUGACGGGGAAGAGGGUGCCGAGCUCCGUGCUCGUCUGACUGACCAGCACGCUGAGUCAGAGGCACAGAUAGCCCUGAUCGAGGAGACAUACUGUCUGCAGAAGAACAAGGAGAUUGCCAAGCGGAAUCUCAGGAAAGAUCUGCUGCCCGACCUCUCGACCCUCGCCGACAGCGAGCCCAAGACGGAGCGCCUCCCUGACCUCUCCCCGGCCCUUCCUCUCGGUGACCUCAGUCGACGUCGGGCGACUCUGGGAGGAUAUCGGCGGUGCUAGAUACCCACAGCGACGUGGCGAUGGUGAUCUGGGUCAUGCAAAUACAUUCGCGCAAGUAUGGCUUCAGAUCGAGUGCCGCGUGUCUCCAUGCAGAUUCGGGAAAUUGGUCGGUGUUUCAUGAUCUGCCAACCUGAGCCACCGCUCAUGGGACAGCAUCACUUUGUAUAUCGUGAUAUAUUGAAUGUCAAAUACAGUGCCCCUCGAGAACUGCUGCUGCCACAUGGUACCGUCCCGCAAGUCUGCUGUUUGGGACCGUGGUUGCUGGGAUGGUGAAAACGGCGUGGCUGCUCGGCUGCUCUGGUUGCAUGUUUGGCUGGAGUGACUUGAGCGUUAGAAGUUGCACUCGGGAGGGACUCGGGGAUCAG